AUGGCCACGCGCGCCCGCCGUCUGUGCCAUAUUGCCUUCCACGUGCCUCCGGGACAGCCCCUCGCUCAGGAUCUGCAGCGCCUCUUCGGCUUCCAGCCCCUGGCAGUGCGAGAGGCAGACGGCUGGAGGCAGCUAGCGCUGCGCAGCGGGGACGCGGUCUUUUUGGUGAAUGAGGGCUCGGGACCCGCCGAGCCGCUGUAUGGACUGGACCAGCGUCAUGCGGUGCCCAGUGCUACGAACCUGUGCUUCGAAGUGACCGAUGUGGGCGCUGCCGCCAGGGUGCUGGCCGCGCGGGGCUGCAGCCUCCUGGUGCCCCCAGUUAAGGUGCGGGAUGCGCGGGGCCAUGCCACUUAUGCCGUGACCAGUUCCCCUGCCGGCAACCUCAGCCUGACGCUGUUGGAGCGUGCCAGCUUCUGUGGCCCCUUCCUGCCCGGUUUCGGGCCGGUAUCCUCGGCAACCAGCCAGGGAUGGGUCAGCCAUGUGGACCACCUGACCUUGGCCUGCACCCCUGGCAGCUCCCCACCACUGAUGCGCUGGUUCUGUGACUGUCUGGGCUUUCGCCACAUGCCACUGAGCCCAGGUGAAGAUCCUGAGCAGGGCCUCGAGGUCCCAGUAGGGUCUGGGAGUGGAGGACUGAGGCUCACCGCCUUGAAAACCCCUUUAGGCAAUGAUGUCCCCACAUUUGUGCUUGCAGAGUCCCUGAACAGGGCCACUAGUGAACAGGAUCAGGUGGAGCAGUUUCUCCUCCGGCACAGGGGACCAGGGCUGCAGCACGUGGGGCUGUACACACCUAACAUCAUGGAAGCCACCGAAGGGGUGUUGGGGGCUGGGGGCCAGCUCCUAACUCCUCCUGAGGCCUACUAUCAGCGGCCAGGCAAAGAAAGACAGAUCAUAGCAGCAGGGCAUGAGCCUCGUCUGCUAGCCCGACAGGGGAUCCUGCUAGAUGGGGAUAAAGGCAAGUUUCUGCUUCAGGUCUUCACCAAGUCCCUCUUUGCAGAGGACACCUUCUUUCUGGAGCUAAUUCAAAGGCAGGGAGCCACAGGCUUUGGCCAGGGCAACAUCCGGGCUCUCUGGCAGUCUGUACAGGAGCAAGCUGCCAGAAGUCGGCAAGCAUAAGGAGGUCCUGAGCUGGAUACAGCCACUGUCCUGAACUGAACAUGUAUUCUGAACUGAGAAACACUUGCAAAGGUCUGAAGGGAAAGGCUAUGUUCCCAGGUGUGGCCUCUUAUCUCUAGUACCUGCCAGAAGGAAGUUGAAUCUCUCAUUGGAGUCCAGAGCUGGAAUUCCUUAGAACUAUGAAACAUUUCUUAAACAGUUUGGCUCUAAUGUGCAAGACAGAGUUUAUAUCUUCUUUGCAAGAUAAAAAGAAUUACAUUAGUAGGAACUAGAUCCUAAUCAAUGCUUUUGAAGCGUCCUUAUUUCUAAUUCCAUUUCUCUUCACCCCACCCCCAAUUUUAUGAUUAACCCCCUGCUUUUAUGUAUUUCACUCUUUAUGUAAUGUACUUCUAAAUAAACAGUUUUCUAUUUGAGGUAGAAAUUUAAGACAGAACAAACCCUCA